GCUUCUUUCAACAACAUAAAAUGCUAUUUUCUUUCGUUUUUCUACGAUAAAACAUUGACGAAAAAUUCUUUUUUCCCCUUCAUAAUAUUAACCGUUUUUACGUUAUUUCAGCCUUUAAAAGUAUUGUUUUUCUGGACGGAAAAAUGUGCAGAAUGUUAAAAAUUUACUUUAAAAGAGAGAAUCUAGACGUCUGUCCUAAAAGGAGGUUAAAAAAGAAGUUAGUUAAGGUUUAAAAGAGAGGAUACUUAUAUGUAAUUUGUUUUACUCUGAUAGUUGAUAACUGUUAAUCUGUGGAGAAAAUUACAAUUCUUCAAAAGACACAAAGAAAAAAGUCAUUAUCUCGUAUAAUAAACACUAAAGAAAUAAGAGAAUUGUUCGCUUGUGCAUUGUCCUUUCCUUCCUUUUUGAUACGUAGACGUCUAGUUGCGAUAGAGUUUACUAUUUUAUUUAUACAGGCUACUUUCUAGGCUAAAGCAGAUUGAAUAUCAUCCAAUUAUUUUAUAUGUUACUUUUAUUAUUUAAUGACCUAUAUUUUUACUGAUGAUUAUACAGAAAAAGUGAGUAAUUUUUUAAUGGGUAGUCUAUAGUAAUAGAGAAAUCUUGCGCAUGUUAAAUAAUGAUGCUGCUCGCAAACAAAAUAAAGUCUAGACUGAGAGCCAGCGCCGUUGUUUGUCACAACGAGAUUCGUUUCCGGCUGAGAUAGUAUAAAGCGAAUCGAAAGAGUAGAAAUAUAUGAAUUUAAACUGUAAUCGUUACAUUUUCUCAGGCAUACGAAGAGCAUCUGUUACAAGAGUAAUUUUAAAAUUCGUUGCAGAGCUAAUCAAUCAGUAAUGGCAAAGCUAGCAGAUGAUAAGCCAGCAACCUACUACCUGAAGUCUAUAUCAAACACUUUUGGUAAAGGACCGCUGAAAAUUGUUACACAAAAUGAAAAUGGGCCUUGUCCACUAAUAUCACUCAUGAACUGUUGCAUUUUGAAAGGUUUCCUAACUCUUGACUCUAAGGAAGACUUAAUUACAUCGUCCUAUAUAAUUGAGCUUCUAGCUACUGCUGUUACAUCAGAAUAUGCCGACGACAUGGGAAAGACAUUUCCACCUCAAAAAAUUGCAGAAUGCUUGAGUAAUUUAUCCAAGUUAGAGAAAGGAGUUAAUGUUUCUCCACAAUUUCUCGGGGUAAAAGAUUUCCUUGACUGUUCUGAAUUAGCUCCAUUUAAAGUGUUUGGCAUUCAUAUUUAUCACGGAUGGAUUGUGCCUCCAACAAACCCAUUAGUUCAAAAUUACAUUGGAACUCUAUCAUAUGAAGAAAUAUGCGAAAAAAUGAUGAGAGAGGAAGAUAAUGGCGAAAAUAUUGAAUCAAGAAUUGCUACUAAUCAAUGGAUGCUAGACAAUUCGGCUCAAAUCACUGAUUAUGGUCUAAGUAAAAUUAGAGAAACAAUGAUGGAAGAGGAAAUUGCGGUGCUAUUUAGAAAUAAUCAUUUUUCGACUAUUACUAAAUCGCAGGGAAAACUCAUCACUCUCGUCACUGAUCAGGGAUAUCUUGAUCGUCAGAAUAUCGUUUGGGAAACACUCUCGGUGACUGGAGCUGGUAUUUAUUUAAAUCAUCAAUUUCAACCAAUUGCCGGGGAGGAAUCUAUAAGUUUAAAUAAUUAUUACUCAUCGGACUUAACUUCAUUAGAAAGGCAGGAGAAAGAAUACGAAGCUGUAGCUGGUCUUAUGAUGAUGAAAAAUUCUGGAGAGGAUCUCAUGAAAGCUAUCGAUGAAGAUCCAACGAUAAGCGAAGACGAUAGGAAGGCGGUUAAAAUGGCUCAACAGGAGCUAAAUUUAACCAGAAGGCAGGAAGAAGAAGAUUAUAGUCUUGCCAAAGCUCUUGAACUUGAAGAAGCUGCUAGGCAAGAAGAUCUAAAUGUUGCAAAAGCAAUGGAAAUACUCCAAAUGGAAAAGGAAGAGGAAGAAAUACGAAGUCAUAAAGUCCCAACACCGCCAUCCUCAUCGUCCAAUAACUGCACCAUAUUGUAAUAAGAAGUAUUGUAAAAAAAAAAAGGGAAUUUUCGUGGUGGUGCUAAAUCUUUUAAAGGAAAAAAAGAAACUAACACAGAAAAAAAAACAAUCGAAUAAAUAAAAUGUCCAAUUAAUGAAUUGAUACAUUGAAAUAGGAUUGAUGGUAGAAAUGAAUAUCUUUUGAGGAUUUAUUAUAUUUCCUCUUCUUCUUCUUCUUCUUUUUUAAAUAAUAUCUCGAAUUUAUUGGACGCAAAAAUGUCCUUCGAAUUGUGAAUUAUUCUGUUUACAAAUGUUUAGUAAAUUUUGUUUUUUUGGCGCACUGUGAUUGUUCUUUUUUCUUGGGAACAAUUUCAAUUUUUGUUGAUCCAAGACUAUUUAGCUGUUCUAAAUAUUAAUAAUAUUUAUAAAUGAAUUAAAUGUGAGAAUUAUGGUUUUUAAUGCUAUUUGUUUUUAUCAGGUUUUCGUAUAUAUUCUUAAUUUAUAUAAAUGUAACUUAUGCAAAUUGUUCAUGUAAAUGAAUGAGAGAAAUUAUACUGUUAAUGUUUCUACUGUAAUUGUCCAAUGGUCCGCUCCUUAGCGUUUAUGACUCUUUUAUCUGCAGAUGUAUUUGUCUUGUAUAGAUCUUAUUGGGAUUUUGGGUGAGAAGAAAAACGCAAAAUUUUUUAUCUACUGUUUUUAGCAGAUAAAUUACAUUUUUGACUGAUUUACAACUUAUGGUUUUUACAGGGUAAGUUAAGGUUAAGCUUGAAUAAUCAUAACGUUGCUCGUUUCAGAUAUGUGUCAAGUUAUGGCUUUGUUUAAAAAACCUGAUCAGUUGUAAAUUUAUCACAAACGUGAUUUAUCAGUAUUUUUAUAAUUAAGACGUAAAUAUGUAUUCAUAAGUUAUGUAUAAUAAAAAUUAUCGACAGUGUUUCCCAAUCUUUUCAACAAUUUUCGUAUGCUACUUAAUGACUUAACAUAUAGAUCCGUUGGCUGUUUAAAGAAAUUUCUUUGAUAAAGCCAAGCAAAAUUAUCUCUAAUAUCGUCGAACAUUGGAAACGUCACUUCUUGGUCAAAGUCAAGAGCUUCGAGGUCAUGAAUAAGGUUCUUGACCCUCCUUUUCUCUCCCGAAUCUUCAUCAGCACGAUGAAAGUCGUCUGCCAUCGUUGUGAAAUUUUUGUGUUUCCAGUCUUCGUCGCAAGCCUCGCAAUCGCAGUCAAAAAAAUAUUGUGCAAGGAGCUUAUUUUGUCUGCUGGGCUUGUCCAGCGUUGCAAAAUUGUUUCCAUAAUCCACAAAGAUUUGCUCGUUUCUUGCAAUUGGUUUGAUCGCUCGUACCGUACAUGUGGAGCCAGAAAAUAUAAAAUCCACAUUCGGAUUGCACGAAUGAUUAAUACAACUUAUAUCUGGGUAUAAACCCAUACUAUUGUCAGACAUCUCAAUCCCAUUACAAGUGAUAAUAAAGAGUGCCCUUAACAUCUUCUUAUGAUUUCGAAUUCCUGUGAAAUAGCAUAUAUAAUAUGCUAAAGCUUCAAAUUGCAAGUGCUCAAGGUUGGAUCUUUUCAAAUUAUUUGCCACCAUAUUUAUCCAUUCUGAAUCUUCUCUAAGUAGCAGCUUGAUAGCCAAGACACCCAAUUUACCAAUAGAAUGAUGAUAUAAGACAUUAGCCAAUCCGCAAAUUAUCUGAUGAGCUGCAAAAUUUUUCGCGUAGCAAUCUUCCGUACAAAAUAUAUCAUCUGGACAAGAAUCGCACGGAUAAGGCGCACCUGUUUUUUUAGCACAUCCACUACAUACUCCUCUGCCUGGUGUCACGCUGAUCUCAUAAGGUUCCCUAGACAAGAUCUUCUCUCCAAUUCUAAUCGCCCUUGUGGCGUACAUUCCUUUACCCUUUUUACCAGCUUCAUCUAUUUUAAACGGCUCAGAAGGAGGAACAACUGCCGGUGCUAUUUCAGCAUUUUUUAACUCUUCAAGAAGCGACUCGGAAGGAUUUUUGCUGUUUUCUGGUUCAAUUUCUAUCGCCUUUUUAAAAUAUUCUAACGCCGUCAGCUUUUCAUCCAAAUGAAGACAGAUAUGACCAAGUCUUCGAAAAAUUUUCGCUCGACUUGGCACAGGAAAACCGAAAAGACACGCCAAACUAUCCUCCUUAGCCUGCAACAGCUCUUUUUCAGUUUUCAGCGAGUACAGAGCAGCUGCCCUAUUAGCCAAACAGUAUGACCAUUCCAGGGAACCUCUAUUGCUCAGAGCGAGAGCCUCCGAGUAUAUUUUAAUUGCAGUUGUAUGCUUUUUAUGAGCAAGGUAUUCAUUGCCCCUUUGUCUUUGCCGCAUUGCUUUUUCCUCGUCUAUACGCCUCUUCAUUUUGUACACUUUAAUUUCCUUAAGUAAUUCAUCCAGCGUGUUUAGAUCUCUACUUAUGUGUCGUACUUCAUACAUUUCUCCGUCAUAUUUGGCUUUCAAAUGUAACAGAGUUUUUUUAAUAAAUUCAUCAUACUUGAUAGUAGCGUAUUUAGCCAUUGGAAACUUUAUUACCCUCUAACCGUUCUUUCACACUGUUUUAGAGAAAAUGGAGUAAUUUCAGAACGCGUAGGAAGCGGGAAAAACACCUUUUAACUAUAAAAUUAUUCAAAUGACUUUUAAAUAUAUAUACUUUUAACUUUUAUAACAUUUCUAUAAACUAAACUUUGUUUUAUGAAUAACGAUACUCUAAACGCUUAAAAAAAGUUGUAAAAAGUCAAGAACUAUAUUUUUUCUCUCAUAUUCCGUAAGUAGUCCAGUGGAACAUUGUUUUUUAUCGAAGAACCCACGUGUUCAACCCCUACUCGAAAAACUACUCAUAUACAAAUAUACAUACAUAUACAUAUACAAUAUAAUGUCACCAACAUACUUUUAAUUCCUGGCUAAUACUCAUUAAAAAAUAAUAAUUGAUUAUUAAUGUUUUACCGCCUACAAAAAUUUAUUUAAGCAUUGUUUUUCAUAUAGGAAAAUAG